AUGGAUUUACUGCAAAGUAAUGAAGAGCAAAAUCAGGUUUCUUUUGAAAAUGAAUUAGUUAAAACAGAGUCAUCACCUGUAAAUUUAUCUUAUGAAUUUGAAGAGCAAAAUUGGGAUUCUUUUGAAAAUGAAUUAGUUGAAAAAGAGUCAUCACCUGUAAAUUUAACUUAUGAAUCUGAAGAGCAAAAUUGGGUUUCUUUUAAAAAUGAAUUAGUUGAAAAAGAGUCAUCACCUGUAAAUUUAUCUUAUGAAUCUGAUGUGAUUAAAAUUUUUGAUGAUUCUUCUGAUGAAGAAAAUAAACCAAUGCCAGCUAUUUAUAGUAGACAAACUUUUCAAAUGUGGGAUGAUGCUGAAGCCUUUUUAAAACAAUACGGAUUGGGACAAGGUUUUAGUAUUCGAAAAAGACGUACUGAGUUAUGUCUUGAAGAUGGUAUACAAGUUUUGUGCAAAGUUAGUUGGGAAUGUGGCUAUGCUGGCAAAUAUAAGCCUAAAAAGGUUUUAAAUCUGGAAAAUCAAAAAAAUUGUAAGUCAAAGAGUUCAGAAUGUGAAUGGUUUCAUGAUAUCAUUUUUUUUGAUACCACAUCACGUACUAAUAAGUAUGAUAUAGUUGUAUGUUUUUUUGUAGCCAUUAACAAUUGUAAUCGUACUCGUCUGGUUGCAGCCGCUUUGUUAGAAGAUGAAACUGAAGACAGUUUUACCUGGGCUCUUACAAAUAGUACACAGCGAGUUGAAGGUUUUAAUAAAAAAAUCCACAAUAGUAUUAGGGCAAAUUCUUCUUUAAUUACUUUAGUUAAAGAAAUUCAGGAUGUGCUUGAUAGAGAAGUGGAAUAUGCUCGGGUAGAGGAAUACAAGCAUCAAAUACUAACUGUCAGACUUGCAACUAUACCAAAAGUCUUUUUUAAAUCUUUGGAUCCCAUUGUAAAUGAAUACCUUAUAGAACCAGUGUCAAUAAAUGUUCGUAAACAAAUGCAUGAAUGUUUUUUUUAUGAUGCCUAUAAACUUGAUAUUACUGAUUGGAGCUCAAUUGAAAGG